AUGGGCGAAGAUUGGAAGAAUGCCUGGCAUCCAAACGAAGCAAAAUGGCCUCGCUCUCUAUAUGCAAGCGACGGAGCUCGCUGGAAGAGCGCUCGAGAGCGUGGAGCUCUUGAGUUACUGUGCCGGGUAAAGCGAUGGACAUGUGCUUGGCGGGGCUGGGAGAAGGGGUCCGAGAGGAAUGUUGCUGGGCCACACCGUUGCAUCACGAGGACUUAUAAGACGACCGGUGUUAGUAGACAUGUGGCAGCAAAACGGUUUAGGCGGGAGUUCGGCGGAAGCCAUGUGAGCAUACACGCUUGCAUGUUACCUGUCUCCGUUGUACAUCUCCGUCGAAGGGCAGAGCACAAUGAGAUUGCCGAGUUCAGCACCGUCGAUGGUCGUGGACAAGUCGUGGACGAGGCUCACGGAUCGGUCCGGGCCGGGAGGCGCCGGGAAAUUUCAGCGGCAGAAGCUUCACGUCAUGUUCGCCGUGCACACGUCCACCUUGUCUCCGCGCCGUAUCAACCUGUCUUCCCGAGGCCUCGUGUGUGGCACAAACGGAGCCGCAGUCGCAUGGCAAGAACCGCAGAGCGCCAGCAGGUCGCCAACAGCAUCGACGAGCCUAGUGCCUCACCUCCAAUCGCGGAUCCGGACAGCCCCGCCCGCUCGAUUUGA